AUGGUCGUCACAGAACCCAAGAAGCGCGCCAACUUUGAGCUGGCACGAGGCAUUAACGCCAUAUCCGCCAACAGCUUAGCUAAAACCAAUGGCCGUGUAUUUGCACACAGCGGCGCCAACAGCAAGGCGAAGGUUGAGAAGAUCCCCGCGCAAACCACGCACUCAACGAAAAAAUGGUACCCGGCCGACUACAUCCCCAAGCUGCUACCGUCCGCCAAGACUAAGCGCAACAGCGUCAAGACGGCUAAGCUACGCAAGUCCAUCACGCCUGGAACGGUGCUUAUUCUGCUUUCUGGACGCUUCCGCGGGAAACGCGUGGUUUUCCUUAAGCAACUGCCAUCGGGCACGCUGCUGAUCACGGGCCCAUAUAAGGUGAAUGGUGUGCCGCUGCGUCGCGUAAACCAGGCUUUUGUCAUUGCUACGUCGACUCGAAUGGAUUUAUCGGACGUGCAGCUGCCGGAGAUCGACGACGAGUAUUUUACGAAGGACAAGCCGGCCAAGAAGAACAGCAAGGAGGAACGUUUUUUUGCGGAGCAAACCCCGGCUGCGCCGGUCAUUGCGGAACAGCGCAAGAAGGACCAGAAAACAGUGGACGCACUGCUAAUGAAGAAGCUGGCGAACGAGCCCUACCUACGCGCAUACCUGAACGCCAAGUUCACUCUAACCAAGAACGACCGUGUGCACGAUAUGCGCUUUUGA